AUCUCUUUCAUUUUGAAGAAAGUUAAUUACCUCGAGUGAAUCAGUUGCUAUCUCCAAGUGUUGAACCUAUAAUUUUUCAGUUAGAAGAAAUCCAUAUAAUAGAGAUGAUAGUUUAUCAUUUGUUGACGAGUUUACAUUAAUUUUUGCACUAUAACCAGCUAUCCAAUUUCCAUCGGUGUCACGCAAAAUGCCCCUUGCUCCCCCUAUUUUUGUGUUGUGGUUAAAAGACCCAUCUAUAUUUGUGAAAGAAUGUUGUAAAUAUUCUAUUACCUUAUAUAGUUAACAGUAUCAUAAGAGAAAUCUGUAAGAAUCAUAGGAGAGAUCUGUAGGAUAUUUUCUUACCUUUGGUAUAUCUUCUUGCUAGUAUAUAAAUACAUGUAAUGCUGAUAUCUAUGAAAUAAGAAGUUCUGUUGAAUUUCAUGGUAUCAGAGCCACUAGGGCUCAAGAUUUUGAUUUAGAAAAUUUGGAACUUUUCCUAGCAUCUUAGGAAAAGGUUUCGACUUCUUGGAAUUGGCAGAUUACGUCUGCGCUUGCUGCCCCAGCAUCGACUUCUAGGUUUGUAUUUUUCCCUUUGCUUCUGUGACUGCUUUGGUCAGUUCUAGUGUUGAUCUAUUGCUCUUAUCAACCAGUUUGGUGGCAGAUUUUUGAUCAUUUGUUCUUCUUGAUCAAUUUCUUGGCUAAACAUUAGUUUAAAUGGCUAAAGAUAAAUCUGCCAUGACUGAAAUUGUUCCAGCAUUAUCCAAAAUUACAGAUUCUAAAUUAAAUGGGUUUAAUUAUUUAGAUUGGAGUAGAAAAAUCAGGAUCUACUUGCGUAGUGUUGAAAAGGAUGAUCAUCAUAUACAAGAUCCUCCAACCGAUGAUGGUAAAAAGGCUUGGCUUAGAGAUGAUGCUAGACUAAUCUUGCAAAUCAUAAACUCUAUUGAUAAUGAAGUUGUUGGUUUGGUUAAUCAUUGUGAGUUUGUUAAAGAAUUAAUGGAUUAUUUGGAGUAUUUGUACUCUGGCAAAGGUAAUUUAUCUCGGAUUUAUGAAGUUUCUAAGGCUUUCUAUCGUUCUGAGAAGGAAGCUAAGUCACUCACUACAUACUUCAUGGAGUUCAAGAAAACCUACAAGGAACUGAAUGUACUUCUACCAUUCAGUAUUGAUAGCAAGGUACAACAAGCUCAGAGGGAACAAAUGGCGAUAAUGAGUUUUUUAACUGGACUCCCAUCUGGGUUUGAGACUGCUAAAUCACAGAUUCUCUCCAGUUCUGAGAACACUUCUCUCAAUGAUGUUUUCAGUCGGGUGUUGCGCACAGAGAGUACUCCAGCCUAUCAACAGACAAAUGUGCUUGUUGGAAAAAGAGGAGGAGGAAGAAAUAAUGCAGGGAGAUGGAACAACAACAAUGAUGCUGGAAAAUGGAACAAUAACAAAGAUGGAGAAAAAUGGAAUCAUAACAAUGAUGCAGCGAAAUGGAACCAUAACAAUGAUGCAGGAAUAUGGAACAAUAACAACAAUGCUGGGGUAUGGAACAAUAACAAAGAAGGAAACAAUGAAGCUGGGAGAUGGAAUAAUGACAAUACUUGUCGCUAUUGUAAGGAACCCGGGCACAUAAGGCGAAACUGUAAGAAAUUACAGAAUCGCAACCAACAGACACAGACUACCGCUGCUGCCAUUUCGAGUUCACCCUCAACUGUUACAAUCUCCGCUGAUGAGUAUGCUAGACUUACAAAGUAUCAAGAAUCAAUGCCAGCUCCUGCCCUUACUAAGUCAGGAUCUUAUGACGAAGCAAAUUAUUGGUAAAGGACAUGUAUUGGAUGGUCUAUACAUUCUUGAUGAAUGGGCGCCUCCACCAAUUGCUUGCUCUAGUAUCGUCUCGUCAUUUGAAGCACAUUAUCGUUUGGGACAUCCUUCUCUUCCAGUUUUGAAGAAAUUAUGUCCUUAAUUUCAAAAUGUACCUUCAAUAGACUGUGAGUCUUGACAUUUUUCAAAACACCAUAGAAGCUCGUUAAGUCCCAGAAAUAAUAAGCGGGCUGAUUUUGCUUUCGAAUUAGUUCAUUCAAAUGUUUGGGGACCAUGCCCUGUUGUGUCUAAAGUUGGGUUUAGAUAUUUUGUUACUAUUGUGGAUGAUUUUUCUUGAAUGACAUGGAUUUACUUUAUGAAAAAUCGUUUUGAAGUG